AUGCCAGAGAGAUAUAUAUAUACAUAUGCUAGGGGAAGAUUCGGGUUUUCAAUUUUAGUGGCCCGACAAAGUUAUGAUAAUGAUUGCCAUUUGGUGUACGCGACGUUAGGCAGUAAUCCAGAUGCGAUGCGCAAAGAAAGUGAACUAUUCUUAGCGCACAAAUUCAAGGAGCUUGGGGCAGCUUUUAAGAUAGAAGAGGAUAUAGGUGACGAGCUUGUUGAGCUUAAAAACAAUUUUGAAUUAUUAUUGGAAGGAAAACCCUCGAAAGUUAUUGAGUUUGACUUUGUCUAUGGCACUGACUUCCAGAAAAGCGUCUGGAAAGAAAUUAAUAGUGUGCAAUGGGGAAAUACGACCACAUAUAAGAGAAUUGCCACCAAGGUAGGUAGACCGCGCGCAUCUCGCGCAGUCGCUAACGCAUGUGGGACAAAUCCACUGCCAAUCUUAAUUCCUUGCCAUAGGGUUUUGGGCUCUAAAGGUUCAUUGGGCGGGUAUAAGUGGGGCACACAGAUGAAAAUAAAAUUACUUGAGAUCGAAGGAAGCGCUCAAUUUGAGAAGGAAGCUACAACGACCUUUCAAAGUCUUCCAAAAUAA